UAAAAUAUAGUCAAUGGUGAAAUAAUUGGGGAAUAAAAUAAAGGAAGACAACUCAUCUGAGAAUCGAAUACUAGUAGCACAGCGAAAGCCAUGGAAGCAGCGGCAGCUUUCACAUCAGCGUCCUCCUCAUCUGCAACUAGUGCUAUUGUUUCUGCGCCUUCUUACCUUCAUUUCUUCUCUCCUAAAUCACCUGAUCAUCCACCUUCCACCAGGAAGUUCCUCCGCUUCUCCACCUCCCCCAAGAAUAAUGGAAACGAAUCGGAGUUUCGAUCAGACUCUAAUGAUUCAAGUCUCGUUCCAAUCCUCAGAAAUCAGACCAUGUCUCAGGAUGCAGCCAUGGGUUUGGUUCUGAGUGCAGCUAAUAUUGGAGGUUGGACUACCGGUUCUGGUAUGGAAGGUCCUCCUGUUCCUGCCGGUUCUGACUCCGAAUCCAAAACUGAUAAAAUUAAUACAUUUCCGUGGUCUCUCUUUACUAAAUCGCCUCGACGUCGUAUGCGUGUUGCCUUUACUUGCAAUGUUUGUGGUCAACGUACUACACGGGCAAUCAAUCCGCAUGCUUACACUGAUGGCACCGUCUUUGUUCAGUGUUGUGGAUGCAAUGUGUUUCAUAAGCUGGUGGAUAAUUUGAACCUGUUUCAUGAGAUGAAAUGCUAUGUCAACCCAAGCUUCAAUUAUAGAGAUCCUAAUGGCGAUGUGAGCUUCAAAUUUUUAGACAUGGAUGACAAUGAUGAUAUCUUUCCUCUUGCAUAAAAAAAUAUAAUGUGAACAUGUGUAUAUACCAUUUGCUCAUACUUGUUGCAAUAAAUUACUUGUAAAUAUAUUUGAAAACUUAUGUUUAAUAAAUAAAGGUAUUUGGUAGACA